ACAAAUGGCCGAUAAGCCGGUUGCAAAUGCAUCAUGUGCUAAAUUGUCAACAGCAGUGAACAGCAGUCAACCACAGUCAACACUCAACAGCCACCAGUGCACACCAGUGAACAGUCAUCAAUACGUAGUUUCAACAAGUUGGUGGAGCAAAACGUUUGCAAACGUUUAAAAUACGACAGAGUCAUUAUUGAACAGCUCAAUAAAAAUAAUUGACAAAAAAUACACACCAGUUGCAACAACUGAAUUCAACUAUUAAAAUUAAAAAUAAAUCAUCAACAAAGUUUUAAAUUGAAUAAUAAAAACUCGGUUAAAAAUAAAUAAAUCAUGUUUAAUCAAGCAACAGCAUUGGGUGGUACUCCACAAAAUUCAAAUCCAAUGAAAGAUUAUGAGAUUGUAUCACCACCUGAUGAUUCAGUAUCAAGUUUGGCAUUUUCACCAGCUUCAAUACAACAAAAUUUUCUUGUUGCUGGAUCAUGGGAUUGCAAUGUUAGAUGUUGGGAAGUUGAAUCAACUGGUAAAACAGUACCAAAAUCAAUGCAGUCAAUGGGUGGACCAAUUCUUGAUGUUUGUUGGCAUGAUGAUGGAACAAAAGUAUUUAUGGCAUCAUGUGAUAAAAUGGUUAAAUGUUGGGAUUUAGGUUCAAAUCAAUCAGUACAAGUUGCUGCUCAUGAUGCACCAGUUAAAACAUGUCACUGGAUAAAAGGUUCAAAUUAUUCAUGUUUAAUGACUGGUUCAUGGGAUAAAACACUUAAAUUUUGGGAUACACGUAGUCCAACACCAAUGUUAUCAUUACAAUUACCAGAAAGAUGUUAUUGUGCUGAUGUUGAUUAUCCAAUGGCUGUUGUUGGUACUGCUGGACGUGGUCUUAUUAUAUACACACUUGAAGGUACACCAACAGAAUACAGAAAAGUUGAUUCACCAUUGAAAUAUCAACAUCGUACUGUUGCUAUAUUUCGUGAUAAGAAAAAAGUACCAAAUGGUUAUGCACUUGGUAGUAUUGAAGGACGUGUUGCAAUACAAUAUGUUAAUCCAGCAAGUCCAAAAGAUAAUUUUACAUUUAAAUGUCAUCGUUCAAAUGGUACACCAAAUACAUAUCAAGAUAUUUAUGCUGUUAAUGAUAUUGCAUUUCAUCCAGUACAUGGUACUUUGGCAACUGUUGGAAGUGAUGGUACAUUUUCAUUUUGGGAUAAAGAUGCUAGAACAAAAUUAAAACCAUCUGAACCAAUGGAACAAGCAAUAUCACGUUGUUGUUUCAAUCACAAUGGACAAAUAUUUGCUUAUGCUGUAUCUUAUGAUUGGUCAAGAGGACAUGAAUUUCAUAAUCCAAUGUUGAAAAAUAAUAUUUUCCUCAGACCAUGCUAUGAAGAACUCAAACCAAGAACCACAUCGUAAACAUUUUAGGAGAAGAAAAAAUUGUGUACAACAAAAUAAACAUUCUCCAAUUGCA